AUGGAGCUCAGUGCAUGUGCGCUACGUCUUAUCCACACUAUUCUCAUCGUGUUUCACGUAUCGCUAACAAGAACUACCGCUACGCUUUCGCCAUCGACGACCGAAGCCACUAUUGUCGAGCUCACCGUCACUGACAGCACGACCGAGACAGAUGAUGAGAUAAGAAUGCCAGUAGUGGCCUUGACCGAGCAGGUUAUGGAUCACAACAUACGAGUGACCGAUCUCCCCGUCGUGGACGAGCCGACGGACGCGCCAGACCCUGACUGGGACAAAAAUCGGGUGAUCCGUGACGUCGCAUACUUUAUUCGCGCUCACAAGUUCCAUGACUACGAUCGUAGGUAUUACAAGAACGUAGGGGAGGCCACGAGCAGGCUGUACGAGGAGUUCCCUAAGCCAGGACUGAGAUCCGUACAUUGGGAAGUGCGUAAGUACUGCGACGCGAGCUUCGCCGAGUGCCUGAAGUAUCUCGAAAGGAUCAUUAAGCUGACGGCUCUCAGACGCGAGGACGACACCGUCAUAGUCAUGAGGGAGCAGAAGUGGAGGCCGGCGAACAAUACCGAGCAGAUUCUGGCCGCUCAAAGGGAUUGCCAGAUGGCCCAAAGGCGGGACAAUCUCACUAUGGUUCCCUUUCAGGGUCCAAUCGAACGCUUCCAAUGGCGCACCAGUGUCAGCUACUACAUGUGCUGGUACACGAUGCAAGGCGUCGCGGACUUAGCCGUCUUCGGCGAGCCCUGCGACAAUCACGCCAACUGCCUGGAUGAAUACGGUGUUCAUAACAAGGAUCCACGGGCGGACGACACGAAACCGUACGCCUGCGCCCUGUACAGUUUCUGUCCGGACCAUUGUUGCCCUAUGAAGCACAUCCGGUACAUGAAAGACUGUUUUCAGUCGCGACGCAAUCCUUGCUACGCUGAGAAUCGCCCAGCGCAUCGGAAGUGCACGCUGAAUCGCGACGAGAAUCGCGACUUCGAGGCGCUGAGGUUAAAUCGGAUAAACGUGAGCUGUGAAUGCCACCAGCGCGGUCACGAGUGGUCCUCCAGAUUCGGCCUGUGCGUAGACGUGAACGAGUGCACUCGCGGUACGCACAAUUGCACACUGGACGCAGGCGAGAGUUGCCAUAACCUGCUCGGUAGUUACACUUGUAUCUGUCGACUUGGUUACGUCUACAGUUCAGAGGUGAAACGGUGCGUCUACAAUCCGGACUUCGAUAUAACGCUGAUGGGCGACGCGAGCGAACCGAAAGUCGCGAAAACGAAAGGUCUAUUAGAUACGGUUAUCAGAACUAUCACGAGAUCCACUGGGGGCAGUUUCGCCAAUGCUCGUCAUAUUUACAUUUCAUUGAUUUUAAUCGUAUUAAUGUACAGUGACAUGUAAGUUAGAAUGUAUAAGACACCUAUGACUUCCUUCUAUCUUGAUUUAUAACAUCAGCAGUGAGAAAAUACACGUUAAAUAGCUUUGCAAAGUAUAUAAAA